AUGAACCACUUCCAGACCAUCCUGCCUCGGGUCCGGAUGCUGCUGGCCGGCCAUCUGCCGAGCCAGGCCCGGGCCCUCCUGGACAGCAUGUUGGAAAGGGAGCUCCUCUCCAGGGAGUACCACUGCGCUCUGCUCCACGAGUCUGACGGCGAGGCCCUGGCCAGGAAGAUCUCCUUGACCCUGCUGGAGAAAGGAGACCCAGGCUUGGCCCUCUUGAGGUGGGCAUGGGGUACGUGGCAGGCCCCGCUGGCCGAGAGGGACCCCGACGACAAGGACCGUGCCGGCAGUGGGCAGUGUGCCGCCAUGGAGUUGGGGCCUCUAGAAGGCGGCUACCUGGAGCUUCUCAACAGCAAUGCUGACCCCCUGCAGCUCUAUCACUUCUGUGACCAGAUGGACCCGGCUAGAGAAGAGAUUGAGCUCUGCUCAGAACCCGACAUGGACACCAUCAACUGCGAGCAGUUCAGCAGACUGUUGUGUGACAUGGAAGGUGAUGAAGAGACCAGGGAGGCUUAUGCCAAUAUCGCGGAACUGGACCAGUACGUGUUCCAGGACUCACAACUGGAGGGUUUGAGCAAAGGCAUUUUCAUCGAGCAUAUAGGAUUGGAAGAAGUGAUCGGCGAGAGUGUGGAGACGCUGGAGGAAAAGAAAAGCCAGAAAAGAUCCUUCCCAGAGGAGCUGCCCAUGGACUCGAAGCACAGGAAGCUGGCUGAGCCCCUCGCUGUGCCCAUGGUGACUGGCACUUUCCUGGUGGGGUCCGUGAGUGACUCCUCAGCUCUGCCCUGCCUGUCACCCCCUGCUGUGUUCAACAAGGAGCCAGCAUCCAGCCAGAGGUGGCUGGAAGAGACCAUCCUGAUGCCUGUGCCCCCUUCCAGUUCCUUGCUGAGCUGCCUGAGCCUUUCUGCUGGACACGUCCAGAUCGUCCCCACUCUGCCCCAGGGGCUCUGGCAAAUCUCAGGGGCUGGGACAGGGGUAUCUGGUAUGGUCAUCUAUCAAGGUGAGGUGCCCCAGGCCAGCCAGGUGCUUCCUUCCAGCAGCCCCGCCAUACACAGCCUCCCCAAAUCCCCAGAACGGCCCGGCUCCACCAGCCCCUUUGCCCCGUCUGCCGCUGACCUCCCCGGAAUGCCGGAACCAGCUCUGACCUCCCGUGCAGAUGUGACAGAGGAGCAGAUGUCCCCUACCCGAUCCCCGGCAGCUCACGAGGUCUCCGGCCAGCUCCCCAAAUGGCCUGAGCGGGUGGAGAAGUUCUGCAGCGCCCUUCGGGACAUGUACCAGGCUGAGCCCGCAGGCCCGGAAGGCAUCCUGGUGGAGGUGGAACUGGUGAGGGCGCGGCUGGAAAGGAGCAGCAGCAAAAGCCAGGAGAGGGAGCUGGCCACCCCGGACUGGGCAGAGCGGCAGCCGGCCCGCGGGGGCCUGGCCGAGGUGCUGCUGGCGGGGGGUGACCGCCGGCGGCCGCGGGAGACGCAGGUGAUCGCUGUGCUGGGUAAAGCGGGGCAGGGGAAGAGUCGCUGGGCCCGGGAAGCGAGCCGGGCCUGGGCCCGCGGCCAGCUGCCCCAGUACGACUUCGUCUUCUACCUCCCCUGCCACUGUUCGGACCGUGGGGGGGACACCUACCGCCUGCAGGAUCUGCUGUUCUCCCUGGGCCCCCGGCCGCUGCCGGUGGACGAUGAGGUCUUCAGCUACGUCUGGAGGAGGCCCGACCGGGUUCUGCUCAUCCUGGAUGCCUCCGAGGGCCUCGAAGGCCAAGACGGCCUCCUGCACAGCGCAUGUGGACCCGUGUGCACAGAGCCCCACUCCGUCCGGGGACUGCUGGCGGGCCUCUUCCAGCGUAAGCUGCUGCGGGGCUGCACCCUGCUGCUCACGGCCCGGCCCCGGGGCCGCCUGGCCCAGAGCCUGAGCAAGGCCGACGCUCUGUUCGAGGUGGCCGGCUUCUCAGCCGAGCAGGCCAAGACCUACCUGACGCGCUACUUGGAGCGUGCAGGGGCGACCGAGCGCCAAGAGAGAGCCCUGGAACUCCUCCAGGGUCAGCCUUUCCUCCUCAGCCACUGCCACAGCCCCGCUUUGUGCCGGGCUGUGGGCCAGCUGUCCGAGGCCCUCCUGGAGCUGGGGGGCGAGACGGAGCUGCCCUCCACGCUCACGGGACUCUACGUGGGCCUGCUCGGCCCUGCCGCCCGCGACAGCCCCCCGGGGGCCCUGGCGGGACUGGCCAGGCUGGCCUGGGAGCUGGGCCGCAGACGCCGGGGCACCUUGCUGGAGAGCCAGUUCCCGUCGGCGGAGGCGAGGGCCUGGGCCGUGGCCAAGGGCUUGGUGCAGCCCGCCCCAGGGGCCGCGGCGGUGGGGCUGGCCUUCUCCAGCUUCCUUCUGCAGUGCUUCCUGGGGGCCGUGUGGCUGGCCCUGAGCAGCGACAUCAAGGACAAGGAGCUGCCGCAGUACUUGGCGUUGACCCCGAGGAAGAAGAGGCCCUACGACAACUGGCUGGAGGGCGCGCCGCGGUUCCUGGCGGGGCUGGUUUUCCAGCCGCACGCCGACUGCCUCGGGGCCCUGGCGGGACCUGCUGCGGCCACCCUGAAGGACAGGAAGCAGAAAGUGCUCACCAGGUACCUGAAGCGGCUGCAGCCGGGGACGCUGCGGGCCGGACAGCUGCUGGAGCUGCUGCACUGCACCCGUGAGACUUUGGACGCUGGGCUCUGGCAGCACGUGGUGCAGGGGCUCCCCGGCCGCCUCUCCUUCGUGGGCACCCGGCUCACGCCUCCCCACACCUAUGUCCUGGGCAGCGCCUUGGAGGCGGCGGGCCGAGACUUCUCCCUGGACCUCUGCAGCACUGGCAUUGACCCCCCUGGACUGGGGAGCCUCGUGGGACUCAGCUGCGUCACCCAUUUCAGGGCUGCGCUGAGUGACAUGGUGGGGCUGUGGGAGUCUCUACAGCAGCGUGGGGAGGCCAAGCUGCUCCGGGCGGUGGAGGAGAAGUUCACCAUCGAGCCUUUCAAGGCCAAGUCCGUGAAGGAUGUGGAAGAUCUGGGCAACCUCGUGCAGAUCCAGAGGACAAGAAGUUCUUCAGAAGAUACGGCUGGAGAACUCCCUGCGGUCCGGGAUCUAAAGAAGCUCGAGUUCGCGCUGGGCCCCGUCUCAGGCCCCCAGGCUUUUCCCAAGCUGGUGAGGAUCCUCGAGGCCUUUUCCUCCCUUCAGCAUCUGGACCUGGACUCUCUGAGCGAGAACAAGAUUGGCGACGAGGGUGUCGAGCAGCUGUCGGCCACCUUUCCGCGGCUCAAGGCCUUGGAGACCCUCAACUUUAAACAAAACAAUGUGGGAGAGGUAGGGGAGGUCAGAUUGAGCAGGGAGGCCCUCGUAGUCUCAGCCCAGAAGCUACUUCGGCUAAACCUAUACAACAACUGCAUCUGUGAUAUGGGAGCCGAGAGCCUGGCGCACGUGCUUCCAGACAUGGGGUCCCUCCGGGUGCUGGAUGUCCAGUAUAACAAGUUCACAGCCGCCGGGGCCCAGCAGCUGGCCGCCAGCCUGAGAAAGUGCCCUCACGUGGAGACGCUGGCGAUGUGGACGCCCACCAUCCCGUUUGGCGUCCACGAACACCUACAGCAGCUGGAUUCGCGGAUCAGCCUGAAGUGACCUCCGCGAUGCCCGGGACAAGCAUGUUCUCUGAGGACGCCGACCACGCUGGACCUUGAACUGGUUGUUUGUGGACGCGGUGCU